CUUCCUAAAUUGAACGAACGUUACGAACGGGUGGUCUCGAACUACAGAUAUUAUUUAUGCAUAAAUAUUCUACAGCUGUGAGAUGUUCUACCUUCGCGAUGCCGGCGAACACCCUUUUAUAGCAUUUAUAGAAGUGGGAAAACCGCGGCGGGGUAGGCGGCCUCCACCUGCUUCCGUGGACGCGCCCUUGCGUCUGGGCUUUAUAUCCUAGUUGUCCUUCGAUGCGCGAGACUUUCUUGUUUUUUAUUUUCAAUCGACUCCGCUCUACCGCUGGAGGAUUUUCUUGCGAUGAUCUCUUCACUUUACUUCUAUGGACGUCUAAUCUGUUGCUCACUUUAGUAUAAUACCUUGUAGUAACAGGAGAUCCGUCUACAGUCAUCUUCUGUCGUUCAGAUCUGAGGCUAGGGUGUAAGAAGUUCCUUACCAUGGAUAAGUUGGCGAUUACACGUGGUCUUUUCGUUAUACUAUUACUUCUUUUCCUCUCGGCGUACUCCUUAGCUCAGGAAACAAGAGUGGGGAGUGCCGAGAAUGCGUCGGUGAUGUCCUUAGAUCGCCGUACCAAAAUGUUUCUGAACGCAGUCAGAACAGAUGCUGAGAGUGCAGUUGAUGGCCUUGCAGUAAACCAAGAUGGCGUGGGACUGUUUGAUGCCCUCUUUGCAAGUCUGUCCAUGAUCCUUGUCAGUGAGAUCGGUGAUGAGACAUUUAUCAUAGCAGCUCUCAUGGCAAUGCGGCAUCCUAAGUCAAUAGUUCUGUCUGGUGCACUCAGUGCUCUUAUUGUGAUGACGGUACUGUCGACUGGACUUGGUAGGAUAGUGCCAAACUUAAUAUCAAGAAAGCAUACCAACAAUGCUGCCACAGUACUAUAUUUGUUCUUUGGACUGCGUCUUCUGUAUAUUGCAUGGAGAUCUGAUCCCAAAUCUUCGCAGAAAAAGGAAAUGGAAGAAGUACGUGUUUCAUCUAGAUUAUGAUUAAUUAUUGUAGAUAUGCUUUUUAUCAAAUUCUUUGACC